GACGUAAUUUUCAACCGUUACGUCAUCAGUGUGCGACAAUCAGGAAUCCCCAGCAAAAACAAAGCAAYAUUAUGAGAUGAUUCGAGUUAAAGAAAGAUAGAAAUGAAUUCGUGUGUUUCCGGACAGUACGGGCACUGAAGGAGAACCAGCUGGUGGUGGUCAGUGAACGCCUCAUGGCUGCCCGGACGCUUCAGGAGCUGGUGGCCGCCGCCGCCUCCCUGCACCCGGACAGAACGGCGGUGAUGUUUGACAGCGGCUCGGGCCUGCAGGGCUCCAAGGACCCGGUGUGUCUGUCGUACAGAGAWCUGACUCGGCUCGCAGAGAAGCUCUCUGGUGUUUUACUGAAGAACGGUUCCCCCAGAAGAGGGCUCAUCGGUCUGUAUUGCACUGAGGACCUGUUCGUACCAGUGUGGAUUCUGGGGAUCCUGCAGAGUUCUUCAGGAUAUGUCCCCCUGGACCCUGAAGCUCCUGGACCUCUGACAGGCCGAGUCAUGAGUCAGUGUGGCCUCCGGCUGUGCGCAGUGAAAAGUGACCUCGUGCAGCGUUUCCAGGCGUCUCUCAGCAGAUCUGUGUCUGUGGAGGUCUGCACUCAGCUGCCUGAGUUUAGACUCACCUUGAUGCGGAUCGAGCCUCUGGCAGUCUCUGAGGGGGGACCUGGACCUGAGCCAGCAGGUGGUCCACCUGGUCAGAGAGACUGGGCAUAUGUGCUCCACACAUCUGGAACAACUGGUCCUCCGAAGACUGUGAGGGUCCCACAUGAGUGUAUUCUCCCCAACAUCCUGCACCUGAGAUCUUUGUUUCAGAUCAGCUCUGAUGAUGUGCUGUUUCUGGCUUCACCCUUGACCUUCGACCCGUCGGUGGUGGACAUCUUUCUGGCCCUGUCCUCUGGGGCUCAGCUGCUGAUCGUCCCCGCCUUGAUGAAGAGACGCCCCGGUGGUCUGGCCCAGCUGCUGUUCAGAGACCACCGAGUCACGGUCCUUCAGGUCACACCCACUCUGCUGCUGAGUUUCAGUCAUCGUGUCCUGACGCAGGACGUGCUGUCCUCCAGCUCCUCCCUGCGGGUCUUGGCUCUGGGUGGAGAAGUCUGUCCUCCGCCUGCCCUGCUGAGCAGCUGGAGACACGAGGAGAACAAAACCUGCAUCUACAACAUCUAYGGCAUCACCGAGGUGUCCUGCUGGGCCAGUGCCUUCAGGAUCCCAGAGACCCUGCUGCGCCGCGGCCCCCUCGCGCCGUCCUCCGUGCCUCUGGGACAGCCUCUGAUGGACACCGUGUUGGAAGUGAGRGACGAGCAGGGCGGCGUGGUCACACAGGGGGAAGGACAGCUGUUCAUAGGCAAAGUGGACAUGGAGGGACUGAUUAGAAUAUACAGAAGACAGAGAGACAGUCAAAUGUCUUUACAGGGAGACAGAAACCUGAAAUGUGUCCUCCAGGACCUGUGGCAGGACACAUUAUGUCUCCCCRAAGACUCAACCAUCAACCAGCAUUCUAACUUCCUGUCCAGUGGCGGGGACUCUCUGAAGGCGGUGCGUCUCUGCGAGGACAUCCUCACUGCUGUAGGGGCRUCCUCUCCAAGUCUCCUGGGACUUCUGCUUGAGGGGACCUUCUCAGACGUGCUGAACCAUCUGGGACAGCUGCUGUCUCUGCAGGACCGUCCCUCAUCAGCAGCAGAGACAAAGAAGCGUCCUGCCGACCCUCCUCCUGCGACUCAGGGAAAGAAGGAGCGCAGGUCAGCUGAGAGGACGCAGGAGGACGAGGACGAGAGGCAUGUGGUUAAAGUAGUGAGACGAGGAGGACAGGUGAUGGACAUCAGGACCACAGACGGGUCUAAAUGUCUCCAGGGAGACAAACAUAGAAGACUAAACAUCAGCAGUGAUGUAAGGCUCAGUCUCAGCUGGUCUUCAGACACCGGCAGGUGUGUGGACGCCUCCCCGGUCCUUUUGAUCCGAGACGAAGCCGAAGCAUCGGUGUUCAUCGGCUCCCACUCCCACAGGAUGCAGGCCGUGGACCUGCUCACCGGAACCCUCCUGUGGGAGCAGGUCCUCAGGGACAGGAUCGAGUCCUCGGCCGCUGUGUCUCGCUGUGGAACCCUGGUGGUUGUAGGUUGUUACGACGGUGGUGUGUAUUUCUUAUGUGCCAAAACCGGAGAGAUCCAGUGGUUGUUUCAGACGGGGGACGCAGUGAAGAGCUGCCCUGCUGUGGACCCUCAGAUUGGACUGGUGUCGGUGGGCUCCCAUGACGGACACGUGUACGCCCUCAACCCUCAGAGCCAGCAGUGUGUUUGGAAACAUCACUGUGGCGGAGCUGUGUUUUCUUCUCCACACCUCCAAGCCUCACGGCGGCGGCUCUAUGUGGCGUCUCUCGGAGGACACCUGCUGUGUCUCCACCAGGACAGUGGAGACGUCCUGUGGUCCUACAGCAGAGGAACGCCGUUCUUCUCCUCACCAAACUCCUCCCACGGACACGUCGUGGUCGGCUCAGUGGAUGGACACGUCUGCUGCUUCAGUGACUCGGGUCAACUGCUGUGGCAGUUUCUAACGGAGGGGCCGGUCUUCUCCUCUCCAAGCGUCGACGCAGAGCGGCAGAGGUUCCUGUGUGGAUCACACGACGGGCGGCUCUACUGCCUGAACUCUGCUGACGGCUCUUUACUUUGGACUCUGCAGACCACGGGGAAGGUGUUCUCCACUCCAUGUGUCUUCGAUGGCUCAGCUGUAGGCAGGAGGGGGUCUCUGGUGGGCGUGGCCUCCACUGACGGGACAGUCUGGAUCCUGGACGCAGAAGAUGGACGGACUCUGACCUCACAUACUUUACCUGGAGAGGUGUUUUCAUCCCCAGUGGUCUGGAAACAGUUCCUUGUAAUUGGGUGCCGUGAUGAUUAUUUAUAUUGUCUAAACUUGGCUGUUAAAGAGUAAAUUUAGACAAAUUAAAUGUGCUUUUACAUGA